AUGAUGUGGAUACCUAUUACAGUAUUAGCACUGGUUGCACAAACUAUAUUGGCACAUUCAUCAUAUGUUGUCCAAUUGAGCAAUAAUACAUCAUUUGAAGAUUAUUUAAAAAAUUCUAUUGCUCAGACAUUAAAUAUUAAACCAAGUGAUGAUAAUAAAAUUGAAAUUGGUGAUUUCAAGGCUUUCAUUACCUCAUUUGAUGAUAAAUUAGUUGAUCAAUUGAAAAAUCAUGAUCUUGUUAGUAAUGUUUUCCCAAAUAUUACACUUGGUACUCAAGGUGUUAAAUUAGAUGAUAUUGAACCAGUAAGAAGAUAUAGAAAAGUUUUACAAAAAGAACCAGAACAUGUUUCUACGUUCAGUAAACGUGAUGGUGUUACAACCCAACAAAAUGCACCAAGACAUUUAGCUAGAUUAUCAUCUCGUGAGGGUAUUUUCAAUAAGAAAUCUCCAUUUGAAUAUAAAUAUGAUUAUACAGGGAAAGGUAUUACUGCUUAUGUUUUGGAUUCAGGUGUUGCUAUUUUAAAUCCAGAUUUCCAAGGAAGAGCUAAACAUGGUGGUAAUUUUGCAUUUUUAGGUAUCAAUGGUGAUUUUUAUGGUCAUGGUACAAAUGUUGCUGGUAUCAUUGGAUCUAAAACUUAUGGUGUGGCAAAAGAAGUUGAUAUCAUUGAUGUUAAAAUUGCAGGCUUACUAGAUGGUGGUUCAACUGAAUCAGUUUUAAAAGGUAUUGAAUGGGCAAACAAUGAUAGAAAACAAAAAGGUGUUAAAGCUGUUGCCAAUUUAUCUUUAGGUACUGAAAAAACUCAAGUUCUAGAUGAAGCUGUCAAUGCUGCUUAUAAAGAUGGUCUUGUUAUGGUUGUUGCUGCUGGUAAUGCAAACAUUGAUGCUAAAGAUGUUAGUCCAGCUUCAGCUCAAGAUGCUAUUACAGUUGGAGCUUUGGAUGAUAAAACUGAUACUAUUGCAAUUUUUUCAAAUUAUGGUCCAGAUGUUGAUAUUUUCGCUUCAGGUGUUGCAGUUGAAUCAUUAUGUAACAUUUUGUUCUUCCCACCAACUCAAUGGUAUGGUACUUCACAAGCUACUCCUGUUGUUUCUGGUCUUGUUGCUAUCUUAUUGGAAAAAGGCGUCGCUAAAGAAGACAUUAAGAGUGAAUUGAUUAAAUUGGCUACUAAAAAUGCCAUUUCUCAAGAAACUUUUGAUCAUAAUUCAAAUUAUACACAAACUGUUAAUAGAGUUGUUAAUAAUGGAGUGAUUAGCUUGAAUGAUAAAGUUUCAAAUCCUUCAACUCUUGAACAAGAUCAAAGCUUGAAGAAGUUUAUUGGGUGA